AUUACGAAAACACAAGCGCAUAAAUGUCUCUCCGCGAUAUAUUUUUGAGAAAUGACUUCUACAAAUGAUGGAAGUAAUCUAAAAAGUGGAAAAAAAGAUAAGAGAUAUUACAUAGAAAGUUUUCAAAGCCUAGAGGCACGCCUCAACGGGCAGGCUUCUACGGAGCAGCGGACGCGGAACGUGUGCGAGGCGUGGCGUCUUGUGCACGGGCUCUGCUCGCACUCCACGCCCGACACGCGCUCACAUCUGCUGUCGUGGAUACAGCGGAACACGGCGUAUGCCAUACUACAGGACGAAUGGGGUUUACCUGAAAACAAACCACAUCAUGUCGAACUUGAGAAAGCUAUUAACGACUUCAUCCUCGAGUGUCAUGAGACCGACACACUCCUCGUCUGGGAGACCACAUUACUGCGGAGGGCUGUCUGGUACAAGGGCGUCCUGUCUAACCCCUGGGGCCAUUCCGUCCUCAAGGCGUUACUGGACCCAAAGAGUACUCAACCAACAGAUCAAGAAGUAAUAGAAUGGCUGCGCGAGGAGCGGGCGAUGAUGUUCGUUACGCGCGUGCGCGUUAUGGCGCGCGCGAAGCGACUCUUCGACCUGGCUCUGGUGCUCGUGUCGGCGGUCAUGACGCGCGCGCGUGCGCCUGCGCACAGCGACCAGGCUGCACCAGGCGUUCAAGGAGGGAGUAAAAGUCCAAAUUUUGUGGAGACGCUGAGCAGGGAGGCCGGCUUCACAAAGGACGUGUGGGAGCUACUCAUGGACAUUGAGUUUGUGCUGCUCCACAAACAGGAUCAGUCUACUUGUAUUGACUUGGCAAAGAAGAUUCCCCUAAAAGACGGAAAAAGAAUAGUAGAGCGUUUGCGCUUUCGACUCGACAAAUCGCCGGCUGAUAAGAAGCUGUGGAAGAAGGCUAAAGAUGUAGCCAUUCUUAUUGCCCAGGUGGUGAUCACACGAUGCAUGGUGGUGACGUCAUGCGCGGGCGCAGUGCUCGACGCGCUGUCGGGGUGCGCUAGCGCAUUGACGCUGCUACUAGACGGUUCGCGUCUGCCGCAGGCCGCCGCCGCGCUCGCCGCGCCCGCUGCCACCGCGGCUCACCUGUAUGCGUUUGCGAACGCCAUCGCUCAUCAGUGCAAGGACAAAGUCGACAGACAACCAUUUGUUUGUGAACUAUACGUGCGUGCUAUUACUGCUGGCAUGAACGAAUUGGAGGGACUGAAACUUGAAAAAGAUAAGGAACCGGAAGUGUGCGCUCUACAGCACACCAUCAGCGGGUGGUUCACUCGCCUCGGCGAGGUGCUGUCGUCGAGCGCCCGUCUGCGCUGCGAGUGUCUACUCACCGCGUUCUCGCUCCACCCCUCCGCGACCAUGUACGAGCGGGUCGCGGCUCUGCCCCCCAUCGCCGCCCCUGAGAAGUCACCUAAGCGAGAAUCAACGGAGGUGACCUCUGAGUUUGGUAGUUGGGCCACAGACAGUCGUACGUCGUCAAAUUUCGUCAAAACCUCUGAAACACUCAACUUAAAACAAACACAAAAACAGACGAAUAUACUGUCUUCAUCAAUGUUUGACACCGAGUGUGGUGCUUUGGGCCUAAAAACAGAGCUCUGUGAGGAUUUAGCUGUCCUACUCUCUGGACCCAGAGUCAAAACUCUAUCGUGGGAUAUGGACAGAGAUACAUUACUUGAGAAUUGCCGUGUGUACAUGGAAAGAACCCAAGAGGGCACUCGAGCUCUCACAACGGAACUUAGAUACCUGAAUUUGGACCCUAAAACCUAUGACCAUUUACCCGAAGAAGAGGACGAUGAAGAUAAUUACUAUGGUAUAGAAAAAGGUUAUGAGGUAGAAUUAGAAUACGAGGACAUUUGGUCAGACAAUAAUAUCGAGUAUGCGGAAGGAUGUGAAAGCGCAUGUUCUAUCAGCACAGUCGACUCUACAAAAAACUCCACCAAACCAAAAGGUAGGAAAAAUCCUGCAAAAUUUUCUGAAGAUGAAAGUGAUCCGUUGUCUUUGGAUGCGGAUCCUAAUUAUGUCCAAAGCACAACAGAGAACAAGAAGAAGACAGUUAAAAAGCAGAAUGAUGUGACCAAGAAAAAAUCCAAGCCCAAAAAUGUAAAUGACCCAGAAUCUAAAAAAUUAAGUGAAAGUGACCAAGAGAAAGAGUUACUAAAGAAACAAAAAAGAAAAGAAAGAAGGGAUCGUAAAAAGAGAGAAAAAAUGGAAAUGCUAUUAAAACAAGAAUUACUAAUAGGAAGGGAUGAUAAUACAUCUAAUCCUACUGGUACCAAUAUUGUAAGUGCUGGAGUAGAACCAGUAAAAGAAAGACGAAAACAAAAGACUACUGGAAGAACUCAGCAUGUAUCUGCUACUGACAGUGAUUACGACAGCCAAGGAAAAUCUUCCAUGGCAUCUAUUAAUUCCGAAGGAAACGAUAAUACUGAUGUCUUAUUUGGUGGCUUAUUCUCAAUGGGCGAUGUUGGGUCGCUUGAAAAGACUACGUCUAACAAUGUAAAUUCCACACAUGACACAAAUAGUCAUCGUAGUAUAAUAAUGAAACAAACCGAUACACAAGAUUACGUGAAAGAUAAAUUAAAAAACCUUCUUCAAUUUAGACAACAAAGCAAUCAAGUAGAAAAAGCACAUAGUGCAUCAAAAAUUAAUAUUGUUUGGCGAGAAGGCGUCCAGUCGCAAAUUCAAGAUGCCUCACCAAGAAGUAUCAUUUGCAAGACCGCUGAGCCUGAAAAUUUGGGCAACAACUUGAAACGUUCGGAAAAAAAUAUUGGUAUGGAUGCUUCUAAAAGAAAUGUACCUGCUAAUAAUGCUCCUAAAAAGACUCACGUUGCUCCUAGUCGAAAAAAAAAUCAAGCACGAGCCCAGGCAGCUAAACCUGGUUUACUUAUCUCUGAUCCACAUCAAUUACAAUUUCAAGAAUUUUUAAAGCGUCAUAACAUUCCAAUCACAAACAAUGCAAAUAAACAACACCCACCAACCACUUCUAAAGAACCACAAUCUCAACUUGCGCAAAGAAAUCCAGUGUUAACAGGUUUGAUUCAACAAAUGCCAGAACUACAUCAACAUGUGAAUUCAGUAAAAGAUAUAAAUAAAGCGCCAAGUAACUGUUUAGUUAAUUCAGAAGUGCAAAAAUUGCAACAGCAGAAUUUAUCAAUGUUCGAGAAUAAGAAAAACCUACCUCAAAAAUGUGGAGUGGAUAAUGCACCGAAUACUUUUUCUCGUUUAAGUUAUAUGCAUAAAAACAAACAAGCAGAUAUUAAAUACAAACAAUUAAAUGAACAAAUGAAAACACCUAUAUCCAAAAUUAUUGAUAAUGAUUCCUUAGUGAAAAUUAAAAAUUUGCAAGCUAAAGGUGAAAUAUGUAUAUCUAAAGCCCUCAAACGAAAUACCAUAGCCAUAAGCAGAGAAAAUCCCCCUCCAUUGAUUAAACAAGGAGAACGUAUUCCUAAUCCGCUAACUACAGCAGCUGUACAGCCUAAAGAUUUGAGAUUGAAUAUAGUAAACGUUUCAAAGGCUACGAAAGAAAUUUUUGAAAAUAAAGUUAUAAUCAAAAAGCAACAAAAGGCGACGACACCUGUUGAUCUACAAUGUCUUAUCCAUGAGAGAAAUUUAGACGUUGGUAGUAAUUGGAAAAGUCAGUAUCCUAACACAGUUAUUGAAAAGUCUACUGAUAAAGCACCAAUUAAUGUAGGUAAUAUAUCAAAUGAAGUCAAAGUAGUGGUGCUUGGAGUUGAAAGUGACGAGCCUAUAAACAAGAUAGCACAUGAAAAUAAGACAAAAGUUGUUGUAUCACACUCAGCUCAAUACAACAACAAAGAUGACAUUAAAGUGACACCAAAUAUAGGAGCUCAAUUGGAAAACUCUGAAGAUUGGAAGUAUGUGAUGAAUAAACUGAUAUCUCUAAAGUCGGAGAAGAAAGGCGUAGAUGCUCUUGAAAUGGCACUGAACAGAAAUUCAAGUAUCAAAGGAAAUGCAGAAAUCUUUCGUCACUUGCCUAAGAAUACUGCCAAUUCCAAAAGUAUUAAUUAUCAAGAACACAACAAAAUGUCUUCUAACCAGAAAGGGCGGACAAGUGUUGUUGAUACAAAACCAAACUUAAUAAAAAAUGCAAUCGUAAUAAAGACCGAUCAGCCUAAUAUAAAAAAAGUUGUAAAAAAGAGUAUACCGAAGCAUAUUGAUCCAACAAAAUCAUUGACCAAUACUAAUACGUUAAAAACUAACAACGUAAUAAUGCCAUCUAUGCCUAAUUCUGACUAUGACCAGCUUGAUGAUUUAAUAGACGACGAAUUAAGACAAGAAAUAGAGGAAAGUUCUCCAUUGACCUCAGAAGUAGACAUUGUGUAUGGACCAGCCCGUGUAAGAACAGCAACGUCCGACAAGGAGAAAUUAGCUGAAAAUAAAAGUAGUCAAGAAAUAAAGUCAGUACACUCAAGCUUUGCAAAUUAUAAUAUGGAACAAUCUACAAGACAAUCUUCUAUAGAAAGCGUAUCAAAUCCUGCAACUAGGACAUGUUCAGUGAUAAAAGAAAACUCACAUGGUCCAAGUGUAAAGCCAAAAUUACAUAUUAUUUCGGAUCAAAUUCUACCUCCUUAUACAAAAUCUUCUGGCUCUAAAACAGAGAAAUAUAGUACUGAAAGUAAUGAAAGUCGGUCGUCAGUUGUCGCCAUGCGGCCAUUAUCAAAUUCACAAAAAGUGUCAUGUGGUGUACCCAAUAACAAUAUAAGUGUUAUUACGAGUCCAAUAAAUAUAGUACAUCCUGCUAAUGUUAUUUUAAGGAAUGUAUCUAAUACAAACCAUGUUCAAAAUCUUAUGCUUAUAACUCCGACAAACAUCAUACCCGCUUCUACUCUUCGGGCUCCAAUAGUUGAACAACCGAAGGUUUUAAAUGUAACUAAUCAAACGGCUUAUGUAUUGAAUACAUCAUUAUUUAGUUCACCUGAAACCGUGCAGGUUGGUAGUCCUAGUAUGGAUAGUGUACGUACUGAUUUGCCGAAACCGAACCACCAACAAUGUCGCAGUGACUUGUUAAAAUCUAACGGUUCUAAAAAACAUGAGCAUGCAAAUGCAAUAACAGAAGUAAUAAGACAAUCAAAUUUAGAGAGUCAUGCAAAUAUAGGCACAAACAGGCUAAAAGGUGAGGAAUUAAUUAAAUCUCACUCGAUUAAUCAGACUGUUGCGCAACAUAGUGACGAGAGAUUGAAAAUUAAUUUAAAAGAAGGACAUGCUCUUCUGAUCAGCACGAAUCGGAUAAAAGACAGUAAUAUAAGCAACAUGAAUCUUCCCUUUUUUGAAAACCAAUUUCAACAUCCCGACGAAACAUCAAACAUCAAAAAUCAUUCUAAUACAGAAAAAAAGAGUUAUUUAAAGAGCGAAUUACAUCAAAAUUUAGCGGAUCUACCUAAUAUUGUGAGCGAUCAAAUAAUGUAUAAAGAAUCAAAAUGUGAAGAUAUUUCUAGUAAUUGUGUUAAAAGAGUUGAAAUUCAAAGUAAUGUUAUUGAAUUUAAUACGAAGAUUUAUAAUAAACAAAAAGUGAGGAGCCCAUCCAUUUUAAGCGAAAACUAUGAUCAAAUUAUGGAUACAGAAUUUAGUACAGACAUGAAAGAUGAAGUUGCCAAAACGGGAACGCUUGAAUAUAAAAAUACUAAAGAGGCAAGUCCGUCUAUUUUGAAUGAUAGUUUUGACAGAAUUGUGAAUACCGAGCUUACUACAGACACGAAAGGUGAACUUGCCAAAACAGAAAUAGAUGAAAAUAAAAAGAUCGCGAAAAUAAAAAGUCCGUCUAUUCUAAGCAAUAGUUGUAACCAAAUUAAGAAUACAGAAUUUACUACAGACAUGGCAGAUGAAAUAUACAAAACGGAAACAAAUAACAGUGAAAAAGAGAAAGGCAAAAGUCUGUUUCUUUUAAGCGAUAGUUGUAAACAAAUUAUGGAUCAAAAUUUUAUUACAACCGUGAAAAAUAAAUCUGACAUACCAAAAAAGGACGAUGAAAACAGUACUGACCUCAGACAAUCUUAUAAUGAAAAUGACUUGAAGGAUUGUUUCGAAAAGUCAUUAGAUAUAGAUAUCAGUAGUAAACACGACAAGCAAACGAAGCUUAAAAAGGUUAUCUGUGAUCCAAAGGUGGUCAACAUUUUAAAUGAAGCUACUGAAUCAGAUCUUAAUGUGGUAACCAAUAAAACUUUAGAAAUCGAAAAUUAUUUAGUCACUGAAAUGCCAAAAUCUUAUGGUCCCGAUUUACCUCAGGAUAUUCACGAACCUAUUAUGACUUUAGCAGUAUAUAUACCACAGAAAAAAACAGUUGAUUUGUCAACUAUCGAUAAUAUGUCUACCAAAUUUUGCAAGAGAAAAGAUCUGUCUCGAGUUCAAGAAUAUGAGCUAAGUAAGGCCAGCGAGAUAGUAGAAAACAAGAAAAGCUUAAACAAUAAACAUCCUCAAGAUCAUAAAAGUCGCUCUGAUAUAGAAAGGCUACGGAGAAAACGGCUAUCCAUUAUACACAGAGAAAUUAACCAUUACAUUCCAUCUGAGCCCAUAGCUCUUAUGUAUGCUCCAAUUCAAAUUGAAAAAAGAACUAAUAAUGAUGAGAUAACACAACCUAAAACUUCUAGUCAAAAUAAUCUGAUUGAUAAAAAAGAAGAAAGACUGAAAUUGGAUAAUGAAAGUAAUGCAAAAGUAAGUGUUACAAACUCUGAAGUAGUGCAGCUAAACAGCGAAUGCUGUAUAAAGAAAAGUGAUAAUAUACCUACUAGACGCUUGCGCUCUUCUCAUUUAUUUCGAACUAAAGAAUGUACAACACUGGACGAUUCAAACAAUAGUCUUCCUGAUUCAGAACUACAAACUAAUUCCAAUAACGUAAGUGAGGCAAAGAAAACUGCAUCAAAACGGAUCUCGGAAAGUAGCUUAUCGUCGGAUAGCUUUGUCACGAGAGAAAAGAACAAUGAAUUACUCGAUAAUACGCACAAUAUCGAUGCCAAUAAAAAACUAAAAGAAAAUACAGACAGAUUAGAGCACGUUACUGCUAAUUCAAAAUCUGUAAAUUGUGCAGCAGACACAAUAGACUUAACAGACACCGAGCCAAUUAAAGAAUUAAAUUUAAAAAAUGUAUCGGUUUGUGGCUUAUUGAAUAGUGGACCUGUGACGACUUCAAUUCCAAAAAUUCGCCAACAAGUGCAUAAGCCUUCCAAGGAUAUCCGCAAAACAAGUUUAAGAAAAGAGGUUACAGUAACUGAUAUUAAGGAAUUGCCGUCGCCUACUGGCGAUGUUAUGAAAAAAAUAUUAAGAAUUAAACUAUCGAACGGAAAUGUUUUCCGUGCAACAGUUUCUGGCAAUUUAAAAGUGGAUAUAAAAACAAUUCUAUCAGAACCAUCAAUAAAGUCAAUAUUAAGUACAAAUAUUCUUAACAGUAGAAGUUGUACUGUGAAUGUAAAACAUUUUAUAGAUUCUAAUAAUGUUCCUAAUAAGAAUAUACUUAUCUCUAGAGUCGUCAAAAAAUCUAAUCAUAACAGUACAGAAAUAAUAGAGUUAAGUGAUGAUGAAGAUGAAAAUAUUUAUUAUUUUAAAACUGAAUUUGGAACAUAUAAGACAAAGUCAGUAGAUUCAAAGGCUUAUGAAAAACACCAAAAUAAAUUCUUGGAUAAAUGUACUGUAAAAUUACCAAAGAUUGAUAAGAACAUGACAUUAUAUGGCUUGACCGCACAAAACAUUGUAUUACAAAACGAGGAUGUUAGUAUAAGCAAAAUUAGUGACGUGACGAACUCUUGUGAAAAUAGUAACUAUAAAAUAAUAGAUUCUUCCGAAAAAACGAAUAUCACGGAGAAAAAUGAAAUAAAUUCUGAAACACCCUCCUUAAAAACUGAAAAUAUAUUGGCUAACCUGAAAGACCUGCAAUCAACACUUUUGAAAUCACAAAUAGUACAAUUGCAUAACGAUUGCUGUGUUAAUUUAGCCAGAUGUGAUCAAGAAAUGAAAUUAAGAGAUUGUGGCUUUAAUUCUGCUAACCCAUUUGACGAGCCAAAAGGAUCAGGAGAUACUCUAUUAAGUGAAGAAAAUGUACCUGAUAAAACGAGUAAUUCGUUCUCCUUAUCAUCGGAUACACAAAUAAAAGAUGAAAAAUAUGGUGAUAUUCUACGAAGUUUUGACCUCAUCCCUUGCAAUUCUGAUUGGAUAUCAGGCACAAAACCAACAAUUCACAGUUUCGAACUAUUGCAACAGAAAUAUUUAAAAUCGAUGUAUGAUGUUCAAACUGAAUGUUAUAAUCUAAAAAAAUCUAGUAGUAGUGAUACGUUGUCCAAUUUGUCAGAUACAGACUGCAAUGACAAAAGUGCAUUGAGACCAGAUUCGCCGUCCAUUAUUGCCGAUUUUGAGUCUAAAGCAAGACAUAAUAGUUAUACAUUUGUCCAAAGCUUUUGCAAUUCUGAUUGGAUGUUAUAUACAAAAGCUACAAUUCACAGUUUGGAAGUAAGGCACCAGCAAUAUAUAAAAGCAGAACCUAUUUUACAAGUGAAUUCUGAUAUCAAUUUAGAUAGUUCUACGGAUUGUGACAGUGAUUUAGAACUUGAUGGUGUAAGACAAGAAAUUGAAGAACUCAAAAUUUCAUUUCAAGUACCUUCCCUAUUUAAUCUUGUGUACACGUUAAUUACAAGUAAUGUCGAUGUAUUAGAAAGGUACUUAACUCAAAAAGAUAAAAAUUGCCAUAUCUUUAACAGCCCAACACAUACCUUGAAAAGAAAGCUUAAUACGUCCGAUACAAGAAAUAAUAGUAAAAUAUUCAAGAAUGAUUCAAACGUUUUUGAGAAACAAGUCAGCCGUAAAAGUAAACAUACAUCAAUAAUACUAGAUCACCCAACAUUUGUCGAUGAAGCUGCGACCCAGCAUUAUGUCCUUGAAGCCACGGCAAGAAAUGGAAAUGUGAAGGAUAUUAGCGCAGAUCAUGCUGAAAGUGUUGAUAAAGUAUCAUCGUUCCCCAAGAUUUUAUGGCAUGGAGACUCUAGCAAUAACGAUAAUAAUGAUACCUGCGAAAAAAAUAAUAGUAUUUCAGAAGUACGAGUUACUAAAGAAAAUAGGCAAAUGCAUAAUAAUACUAUCUUAGAAGAAACGCAAACAUAUCCAAUCAAGAGUAAUUGUAAUAAGAUUCAACUCAUACUUAAUGAUCAAGAAAAGAAAAAUUCUAUGAAAAAUCUAGAAAAGAAAGUAACACCAAUACAAGAGUUUGAAAAAAUAAUAAUAUUAGAUAAUAAAAUAAAUGUUUCAAACGACAGGUUCAAUGAAGCACAUAGCAAUAAUAUUAUGUCUGUCUUUAAGGCUCCAUGUGCCACAGAACUUAGUAAGGAUGAUAGCAGCUAUAAAUGCGAAGAAAAUGAAAGCAAUCUAGAGGCACUAGUUAACAAAAAAGAAAAUGUUACAAUCAUUCAGACCUCUAUAAACUCGCAAACAUUAAAAAUUAAAAAUAACAGUAAUACCAAAUUUGAAUGCAAUGAUCAAGAAUCUAAUAGUGCUAUUAAAUAUAUUGAAAGUAAUAAAAGUUCAAAAGAUUGCAUAACAAAUUCAGUGAAUAUGUUCGAAAGUAACUCAAACGUUGCUGACAAUGCUGAUGAGAAUGAGGACAUAAAUAAAGACAUCAAUAUUAAUAACGCAGUUGAUGAUCAAAUACGCGCUGCAGAAGUAGAUUUUGAAAUUGAAAAAAAUGAAAGUAAUGAACAUACCGAUCCAAAAGUUUUUGAAAUCCCCAAUCAAGGUAUGUCCAAUUCCAUGCUGUUAAUGGAUAGUAAAAAGGACGACGAAAUAAAGUUACAAUAUAAUCAAGAUAUUUUACAAGAAGUUGUGACAAAUGCUAAUGUUAAUAACGCAGUUCAUCGAAUAUGCGCUACAGAAGUAGAUUUUGAAAUUAAAAAAAAUGAAAGUAAAGAACAUACCUAUCCAAAAGUUUUUGAAAUCCUCAAUCAAGGUAUGUUAAAUUCCAUGCCAUUAAUUGACAGCAAAAAGGACGACGAAAUAAAGUUAGAAAAUAAUCAAUAUAUUUUACAUGAAGUUGUGACAAAUGCUAAUGCUUUUUCAGAGAAAUUAGUACAGGGAAGUGAAAAUAACGAAAAAAAUGUCGACAAUGGAAGCACUAAUGACACCAUCAUUAAUGAAACUUCUGAAAAUGAAGAUGCUUCCGUAGGAAAUAAUACUAUUAAACUCGAAGAUGAAGAGAACUUAUUUUGUGCUACAGAAGAUACGUUAAACUAUAAAAAACAAAAAAUUUCAGAAAAAUCAUUAGUUACCACCGACGUAGAACUUUCUUCUAAAAAACUACCAAAGUCCAGUAAAUGUGAGAAUGUUACUACUUUUGAAACCACACUAGCGUGUCCUACAAAGGGUAAUACUACUAAAAUAGAUACAAAUAUUGGUCAAAUAGACCUGUCUAAAGCUCCAGAGGAUGAUAAUAUAUUAAAUGAAGACCAAAGUCAACUUAAAUCAUUAGAAAUUAAUAAUUUCGAAGUAAAUAUAAUAGAAGAUGUGCAAGAGUGUAAAACAUCUAUUCAGGAUCUUAGUCCAAACAAGUCAAAUGAAGUUGUUAACGGUAAUGUAAGAUUGAAUUCUACUGAGCUCUCCGUGACUCCAUCCUUUUCUCUUGAAUGUGAGCAAAAUAAUCAAGAAAAUCAAUUACAAACAAUCAAUAAAGACGAAAGUACAUCGAGCAUUUCUGAAAAUGUUGUUGAAAAGAAUAAGAGACAAAAAAAUGAAAAUGACAGUGUUACACUAAUUUACAAGGGAAAUUCAAAUGUUGUACUAAAAGGUUCCCCAUAUGUAGACCCUGUCGUUGGAACAUGCUACAUUUUUCCAUUAUCAAGUAGUAGCUGCAAUAGAAGAGAAUUAACUAGUCUUAACGCUAACCAAACCGUUAAUAUGAUUAAGGCGUUAAAAAAGAAAUCGAUUAAUGAAAUUGAUGAUACAAUAGACCAAUCCAACUUUUCUUUAAUUAUACCCAAAAUGACUUAUUCAAGACCCAAUAAUGCCAAUAUACGACAAUUGAAGCGUAAAAGUGAUACGAAAAAUGAUUGUAAACUUCAAAAGAAGUACAGGAAAGGCAAAAAUAUUGACACAUGUAAGCAGACAUCUCAAAUUUACGCUAAGAUAGCAUAUACCAGUGAAUAUAAGCGAUUGUUAGAGUACUAUACCACUAUAAAAUUUUCUUACUCUAGACCUUUUCAUAAAAAUUCUAUAGAUCCUGGAAGAUUGUUACAAAAUUGGCCAAUUCAAGAUCGUAAUUGUGAUAAUGAUUCAACUGUACCGCCGCUUGAAGAGUGUGAGAAAUUAAUAUUUCAUGAUAUUAAUAAAGAAAAUAAAGCAUACUUUGAUCCUUUACAACAAACGUUAGCAGAAGAAAUAGCUAUGGAAUACAAUAAUGAAAAGGAAUGUCCCCAGUUUGAUCAGACUGAAGAUUCUAAUUUUAAUAUGGGUUUUGGUGAGGGGUCCGACAGAGUCAUACAAAAUUUGGCAAAUGGAAUAUUUUAUACCUCAAAAUUUUCGGCUGCGACUCUGUCGGACGUAAAACUACCUCAGCCGUAUUUUACGACCAGAGAUAAAAUACAAAAUGUACCUCAAAUUAUUAAAAAGACGAAUGACGAGGAAUUGGCUAUCAUGAAGCGAUGUAUUUCAUUUAUACAGCUACGCGAUAAAGUAAAAGAUUUCUUUAAGAGAAGCGCAUGCGAGUUACAUUGCAAUUGGAACGUGGCAAAUAGAUCCAGUAAAAAAUUUCUAUAUGAGUUAACCAGCCCACAGUUCCUUGAUCCACCGACCCACGAAAUGGUAGUAAAUGUAGUUCAAGUUGGACAGUUGCCUGUAAGUGCUUCUGCACAAAAUCCAGUUACCUGUGAUCCCAGAGUGACACAUGUUUCCAAUGCAAGUCCUCCCCAAUGCUCUGCAGAAAAUAGUCCAGACAGCGAUCAAAAUACUAGUAAGACUGAAUAUACUGAACUUACUACUGCGGAUCUUAGUUUACCAUUGGUGCAGGAAUACCAACACAGCAGUCAAGUAAUUAUGAGUUCUCAAAGUCAGUUAAGUGUCCCUGAAGCUUCAAAAGUAUCAAUUGAUGCUAAUUGCGAAAACAAAGUUGAGGCCGAGAACGACAAUACAGAAGAAAGUAACAAUUUCUUACCUGACCAUAAGAGUGUAUCUAAUAUAUCAUACGCUUAUAACCCCGAAAAUGACUCCUUCAAAUCCGGAAAUAAUUCCUAUAGGUCUGUAAAUGAGUCAUAUAAGUCUGAUAAUGAUUCUUACAAAUCGGAUAGUUAUCAUAAACCAGAAUUUUUUUUAUGUAAACCUGACAACAACGCUUUACUAUCAGAAAAUUCAAGAACAUUAGAUGCCGAAUCACAAAAUGCGAUAUUCGAUUCUUUAUUGAAGGAGGAUAAUAAUGAUUAUGUAUCCACACCAAAAACCACAAAUGGGACAUCAGAAAAAACCGAUCAAAUUGCUCAUGCCAUGAAUGCAGCUGGUAUAACUACAGGCUCAGAUUCAAUAAAUAAUAAUAGUAGAGCACACGCUCUUGUUAACAUUUUAUCACAGAAAAUACGUCAAAAUACUGGUAACGCAACCCAAACUUCAGUUAACAGUUAUACUAAAGGUUCGCCGAUAAAUGCUAUGGCAUUGCAGCAAGCAUUAGCUCAAAUAUUACCGCCGCCCCUUAAUCAAACUAAUUCUUCAGAUAACCAAAGCACGUCUUUAACGCCACAGGUCUUGCAUAUUGUCCAAGGAAAAAAUACAUCGGGGAAUCAAAUAACGAUAGUAGAUAAUCAACCAAAUUCAGUUAUAAACAAUUCAAAUAACACACCUGUUUUACAUAUCGUACAAAAUAAGAGCUCAAUUGGUGGUUCUUCGUCCAACUCAAAUAGCGCUACGCAAAAUAAUAAUUCAUUUAGCGGCCUUUCCUUAGUUGAUGCUGGAAUUCAACAAGGUGGUAAUCAACUUUUGCAUAUAGUUAAUACUGGUGGUCAAAAGAAUAAUACAUCAGGGCAGUUGCUCAAAAGAGUUAAUCUCUUAACUAAUCUAACGAACGUACAAGGUAACAAUGAACAGAAAAUGGUACAGUUUGUUUGCAAGUCAGCAGAUGGAAAGUCCAUUCAGUUAAAUGCACCGCACCAAAGAAGUAUGGUUCUUCGAUUGCAGCCAAUAGAACCGACAAAUGUAUCUAAUGCGGCCAAACCUGAAGGUCAAGAUAAUAUAAAUCAGAGCCCAAAUUUUGUUCCUUCCAAAGAAAACAACAACACACAACAGGAAAUUAAGUCACGUUCUGUUUACGAAGAAAAUUAUGCGAAGUUUAUUCAAAAUUCCUCGCCGAAAUCCACCAUGCCUGAAAAAUCGACCAGCUUACCAAAAUUUAAUCAAGCAUUUGGUAAGCAAGUUUUUCAAGAUAACAAUCAGAAAAGUAAUGAAAUGCAAUCUAAUAGUAGUUCACAUGUGGCAAGUACGAAUAGUUCUACUGAAAAUGUUGAAUGCUCAUCGAACGACAACGCCAUAAACUUGGAACACAUAAAUCAAAUAAAUAGCCCACCAUUGUUGUUGCGAAAAUCUCCACCCCAGACUUCUCAAUCUCAGCAAGGUCAGAGUAACCUAGUCCAACAAAUAAAACAAACAAUAGCUCCUGUAAACAUACAGACAAUGCACGGCGGUGUUAUAUAUACCCGUCAAAUACCAGUUAACAUCGGUGGGGGACAGACGAUAAACCUAAUAACUGUUCCGAGCACUGAACUCAUGGACGAAUCAGGACAAAAGCAUCAAGGCGAAGUCAAAUUUGUCAAUCAAAAUGAAAUAGAACAAUCAAUUAUAAAAAUUGUUCCCCAAAGUCAAAAUAGUUCUACCUCGGAAAGCGCUUCCGAAGACAACAACGCGCUAAAUGCAUCAAACGAUGCACCACAUACUAGCUCUGCCACACAUACGCAGCCGGUUCUGACGCAAAUGCGUAUCAAGCUGCCCAUGCUUAGCAAAACUCCCCAAAUGGUUUCAGGCGCACGUUUAGUGAGACCAUCAUUUUUCCAAAUACAACGGAAUGUUAUAGGCGGUGCGAAUCAACCGGUAUACCAACAACUAGUUCUGACUGCUGCACCAUCCUUGGGACAACAGUCCGUUAGACCGCCUCAGGCACAACCGGUAAGAGUCAAGACUACUACGGAAAAUCAAACUUCGUCCGAAUCACAGAUGAGCUCGUCUACACUAGAACAAUUGAGAGAAUUUGAUAUGGUUUUAGAGCAAGUCAAAGAGAGAAGUACUGUACAACCUAAUUCGAACACGAAUAGUUCGUAUACCAAAAUGCAGUCUCCAACAGAAACCACCGAAAGUAACACUCCAGCUAGUGUCGUAACAACGGAACCGACGCAGCAAGUACUCUACUCGAUCGGUAAUAACAAUUCAUUAAACGUGGCCUACGUAAAUAGAAAACCGGCUGCUACGACACCGACAACCUCAACUUUUGCACGAUCACCAGAUUCAUCGGGGGUAGCAGAUUCGCCUACGUCCUCCACCCAUGUUCAAAUACCAGCACAGAGUUCGAGCAACGAGACUUCGAGCGACACUUCACCCCAGCAGAGUCACCCGAAGCCAAAAUCGAGUUCAAAAUCUAAAUCGAGACCGAAGACGAGCACCAAUCCGACAACUUCGAUGAAAAUAAAUACAGUUCCGCCGAAAACGUCCACACAGAAACCUCUGGAGGACGAACAAACGACUCAAAGAAUAUUAUACAUACUCGCCGAAUAUAAGGAGCAAGUGGAAAAUUCUCCCGACAAAGAUAAGCCAGCACCGCGAAGAAGGUCGAAUCCACCGUCUAAUCCGGGUUCGUCGAAACGGAAGAAGAGUUCCAGCGGAUCACGUCGACCGGGCGGGCGGGACAUGAGCCCCAUUCACGGAGAGGACACCUGUCGAACGAUGGGCUCGGAGGACAGCAGCUGCGGCACGUCACAGGGGGACUGCACAGAGAACUGUCUCGAGUCACACUCGCCUCAGGACAGCCCGAGGAAAGUGGUCAGAAAACUCACGUUCGAAAACGAAACUUCAAACGCGACAUCGAGGCAGCAGCCGGCUCGGAACGUCAUCGUGGCCGACGGUCAGACGAUAACCGUCGCGAGGGGGACCGCCGGAAAACCCGCGACGGCGGUUUUGAUGCCGGCGAAUUAUAUCCUGCCGGUGUCGAUGGUGAAGGGGGGUCAACAGAUAGCUAUAGUCACCAAUCGGGGGCCUAAGAUCCUUACCGUCGGCGGUGAGGGGGGCGGAAACGCGCUUCUCCUGCAGCGCCUCAUAGGCCCGGCGGGUUUGAAGCCUGUCCUCGCUCGUCCCGGGGUCCGCCACGUCCGUUUGCCGACCGCGGCCCUCCACAACCUCCAAGCCUUCAACAUUGCGACGGCGACGAGCGUUCAGCCGCCUGACAGCACGGCGUCGCCCGCGCCGGCGCCCACCCCGCCGGACCUGGUGGAGACCCGCGCCACCGGCUCGCCCUGGCCCGACCGAGACCCGCAGGACGUCAAGCCGGAGCGAAGCUCCAGUCCGGAGGGCUCGGAGCCGUGGAACCUGCCCUCGUCGGCCGAUCCUCACGACUACUCCUACGAGGAAACCGUCCGCGCAGAAAAUCUGGACCGCACUGUGCUGGACGCGAUCCCAGAUCGGUACAGUCCAGAUUUGGAGGCGCAAAGGAUUUUUGAUAAGAUGUUCGACGUAGACACGAAAAAGUCGUACAUAGAUUCUCAAGACGAUUCACCGCGAUGCGGUUACGAUAUUGAGACGUCAGAUUGCGACGAUAAGGGUUACCAGCAGGUUGUGCAGAAGAGAGACCAACGCCAGCACAGACUGGCUCACGUGUCGGCUGCAGCUCUGAGACACAAAUACGCUAUACUGGAACACGAGCUACGAUUACAGAAGUCUCUCUCGGAGGAGUGCGAGGAUCUGGGCGUGGACUCGCCGUCGGCAGCCGAGCUGUUCCCCGAAGCAGAACUGCUGUUCGCGUCGUCGCCGGCGCACGAGAGCUCGCAUCACGGACAUACACCUCAACCCGGCAUAAGUCAGACGAUACCCCAGCCGGACAUAGACGACCAGAUAGCCACAGACCAGCUGCUGAACAGAAGUCUGCAGGACGAGCAGCUGGACGUGACCCUGGGCCUGGACGAGGGGAUAGUGACGGUCAGCGAGGACGGCAUGCAGGCCACCAUCACGCUGGACCAGGAGGAGUUCGCCAGAUCACACCCCAACACUACCUUCCAUAGUGAACCCACUGAGGAGGAGAAUGUGCAGCCGUACACGAUCUCCGGCAUCAAGGGUCGUCACAUCACGUCGACGAUAUUCCACGCCGGGCGCGCGCCCGCCACCGUGCUCAUGACGGCCCCACAGACCACUGUCAUCUCGCAGGCAGCAGACACCAACAUCAAGUAUAUAGACAACGUCAUCAACCCCAUGCACAACGUCUGCCUCUCCUCCGUCCUCGUCAAGGACGACGGCCUCACCAAGUACGAUAAUAUCCUGAACGACUCGCGAGAACUACACCUGUCCAAUACCGCCUCCGCCAUCGUGCACUCCAACGCGACCCAGGUCAUCCGAAGAGUUUGCUACGACGAGGACAAGAACUCCAGGUUCCUGCUGGACGAAUCAGACGCGCUAAUCGCCGGUGAUGACGCAAAGAUGAUCGCAGAAGACAGCUCGAGAGAUGCAACCUUGGAGUCCAUAGCCGACGACAGAUCAUCCCCGGAGCGCCACACGGAGCUGUUCUGGGAGUCCAACUCGGCGUCGGAGCGCUCCGACAGCAGGCGACCGCUGGACUUCAGCAGCGACAGCGACAAGUGCUGCAAGAGUCCCCUGUACGACGAGACCAAUUCCACCGAUAGUAGCGGCGUCGGCACCCACAUGCGGUUGGAUUCCGUCAUCAAGGACGCCCGGGGCUUGGACCGGAGCGGCAGCGCGGACAACUCCUCAGCAGACGACACUAUUCCCCCGCUGCGGACUUACCCCCCCAAGCGCAUGUACCAUGUUGACGGCGAGAUGGAGAGGAGCGUCUCGGGUAAGACCAGAGCCGGGGAACGGUCCCCGGACGGACACGAGGUGCGUCGCCGCGCCUCCGUCCGCGGCGUCGUGAAGCGCGGCUGCCACUGCUGCAACGGCUCCCCCGCGCCUCCCAGACCGAAAAAAUCUAGGCAGAAGAAACCCAGCAUCGACUUUAACAAUUAGACCGACUGAGAGAUAGCUCCAGACUGAUCUCCGUAUGGCGAGGCUUUAUAUGUAAUGCGUUGUUGAAGUUUGUUUUUGUAAAUAAUUACUACGGUAUGUUCUUAACGAUUUGUUACUAAACUACGAGUACAGUUGUUACAAUUUUAAAGUUAGUUAGGUUUUUAGUUUACCUCCCUUUUUAUUUUAGGACACUAGUAGUGUCGAAAGCGAUUGUGUAUUAAAAGAGUCGACGGAAGUAAUCAUCGUGAUUUAACAAAGUAUUUUCAUUUAUUUGUAUCGAGAGAACGAUUUUAUUUUAUACUUUUAUGUUGUUGAAUUGUGUAAUAUAUCCAAUAUACAUACUGUAUUAUUGCGUAAAUGUAUAAACUGUUCGAUAGGUUACCUCCGUAGAGUAAGUGUUUCCACUAGCGUUAAAAAGGCUAUACUCAAAAUAUGUGAAUUUGUCUUAGCGUUAAACUUGUAUCGAUAACGAUUUAACCCAUGAUUAAGCUAGACUGAAGUUAAUAUAGUUGUUUUCCAUUAUUAAUUUGGAAGUCUAUUUUAUACAAUGAUUUUGUAUAACGUAUUAUGUUGAUAGUUUAGCUUCCAUAUAAACUGCACAAAACGUCUCAGCGACACGGCCCGAGUAAUAUUCGCGUGCCAAAACUCGGCAGACGCUUUCGUUUCUGUAGUGUUAGACGUAGAUGAUAAGUUAGUGAAAUAACCCGAUUUUGCUGUACAUAUUUUUGGUCCCCCGUCUUCGUUUAGGGGCCUCUAGUCACUAACGUAUAUGUCUAGAUAGUGUGUAGAACGUGCAGCUCGGCCCCGCCGGCCGAUUGUAUAUAAUAUAUAGAUAUUGUAAUCCAUUUUCGACGGCAUACGUGGGAUUUGUAGCGUCCGAAACGCUCCUGUAUAUAGUAUUAGUGAAUUUAGUGAGAGGUCUCGUGUACGAGGCCCGUUGGUAGCAUAAGUAUAGCGUAUUAGUUGACUUUGUCUGGUAUUUCAAGGUUUAAUCGUACGACCGUACCGCCCGACGAUGGGGCUCCCAUUUUUUAAAUUCAUUUUCUCUAAA